AUGUUCCUGCACUUCCAAUUUUUGGCACAAUCUGAUUACCAGGGCCUGAAGACGGCCAUUAUCGAGGGUGACGUGGUGGGAGGCACGUGCGUGAAUCGCGGGUGCGUGCCGUCCAAGGCGCUUCUCGCCGUCAGCGGUCGCAUGCGCGAGCUCAAGGACGAACAUCAUCUCAAGUCGCUCGGCAUCCAGGUCGCAGCUGCGCAGUACGACCGGCAAGCAGUGGCAGAUCACGCGAACAACCUGGCUGCGAAAAUCAGAGGCAACCUGACCAACUCGAUGAAGGCCAUCGGUGUUGACAUUCUCGAUGGCUUCGGCUCCCUCGUCACCCCUCAGAAGGUGAAGUACGGGAAGCCGGGCGCGGCGGAGAAGACGGUGACGGCGAGAGACGUGAUCAUCGCCACCGGCUCCACGCCGUUCGUGCCCCCCGGCAUCGAAGUCGACGGCAAGACGGUGUUCACGAGUGAUGAGGCCCUGAAGCUGGAGUGGAUUCCCGACUGGAUUGCCAUUGUGGGCAGCGGCUACAUCGGCCUCGAGUUCAGCGACGUCUACACCGCUCUGGGUGCCGAGGUGACGUUAAUUGAGGCGUUGGAUAUCAUCAUGCCAGGGUUUGACCCCGAGAUCGGCAAGCUGGCGCAGAGGGUUCUCAUCACCCCUCGCAGCAUUGACUACCACACGGGCGUGCUCGCCAAGAAGAUCACCCCUGCACGCGAUGGCAAGCCAGUGCAGAUCGAGCUGGUGGACACCAAGACGCGGGAGUACAAGGAGACGCUCGAGGUUGAUGCGGCUCUGAUUGCCACUGGCCGAGCGCCCUUCACCAAGGGGCUUGGUCUUGAGAAUGUGAAUGUGACAACAAACCGUGGGUUCGUGCCUGUGAAUGAGACCAUGCAAGUGCUCGACUCUGAAGGCAAUGUCAUUCCCCACCUGUUCUGCAUUGGCGACGCGAAUGGCAAGCUGAUGCUGGCGCAUGCAGCGAGUGCGCAGGGCAUAUCGGUGGUGGAGAACAUCAAGGGCCACAGCAACGUGCUCAACCACCUCUCCGUUCCUGCUGCCUGCUUCACCCACCCCGAGAUCAGCAUGGUUGGGCUCACAGAGCCCCAGGCACGGGAGAAGGCAGCAGCAGAGGGCUUUGAAGUGAGUGUGGCCAAGACGAGCUUCAAGGCCAACUCCAAGGCGCUGGCAGAGAACGAGGCUGACGGCAUGGCUAAGAUGAUUUACCGCCCAGACACCGGGGAGAUCCUGGGCGUGCACAUCCUGGGGCUGCACGCAGCUGACCUCAUUCACGAGGUCUCCAACGCCAUGGCCACCGGCCAAACCCUCAACGAUAUCAAGUUCGCCGUCCACGCCCACCCAACUCUCUCUGAGGUCAUUGACGAGCUUUACAAGAGUGCCAAGGUAAGGGAUCCCAACUCUCAAGGAGCGUACUUGGGUGUGUUUGGGUCCGGAAACUCAGGCGGAUCAGGAGGAUUGGGGGGAUUGGGGGGACUAGGAGCAAAUGGUAAUGGCAGCAGUGGUGGCAUCAGCAGCAGCGGUAUGGCAGCUGGAGACACGGGAGGAGUGGUGGGAGGAGGAGUGGUGGGAGGGGAUAUUGGGGGCGAUGGCAUGCCGAUGGGGCCUCAUGUGCACCAUCACGUGACGCCUGAUGGACGGGUGGUGGCAUACGAAACAGUGCAGGACCGUUUAAUGAAUGUGUUCGGCAAGGCAGCUGGCUACAUCUGGUCCUUCUCCCACACCAUUGCACGCAUCGACGUCGUGCGUCCCAUCACCACCUCCCACCGCCGCCGCCGCUAUCGGGACGAUGACGACGGCAACAGGGGCAGGAGCAGCAACGGCUUGAGCAGCAGUUACUUUGGUGCGAGGGACAGCUCUCCUGUGUGGAGGGCGAGGAGGCAGGGCGGGAGGAGGCGAGAUGAGGACGAGGAGGGGGGAAUGAUACAGGGGAUCAAUCACGGGUUGUAUGGGGAGGGUGCGAGAUUGAAGCUGAUGCAGAUCUGGGACUUUCCGGAUAAGGAAACGGGCAAGCCCAGGCUUCCAUACGGGCUCAACUUUGGAGUUGGGGCGAAUUACGAGGUGAAUGGGAGCCGCCUGGAGCCCAAACUGAGAAUCCGAACCCCCCACGUGGCCCUGCAACUGCUUCCCGAACCUGACAUUGAGCUUCGGGGGAAGUGGAGGCUCGGCACCACAAAUGUUGCGCUUGAUGUUCGUUACACCCUGCCUCUGCGUUCUUUCGACCGCUUCUGGGACCGGGCGGCUGGAGUGGGGCUGUCAGUGAACCUCUUCAACCCCAUUGGCACAGGCUUCCAUCUCUCCCCCGGAGGGUUGGAGUUUGACGAGCAGGUGGUUCGGUUAGGCAAGCACACGAAGCUUCGCCUGGCCGCAACAUUCAUGUUUCCAAAACACCUGCCUCUGGAGGAAGACGAGGAUCCGAUCCGAGUGCGCGUCAACCGAUUAGGAAUCAAGACGCGGCUAGCAUGA